CUUCUCUCCGCCUUCCCAACCAGGAACCUCCUUCCCUCCUUCGCUCCUUCCCUCCUCCUACCAACCACCACCGCCCGCCCACCGCCCGAAAUAAUUAUUGUUACCGUCAACUCAACCCAACUCCACCUCUUCCACUCUUGUUGACCCGUGCGGCCUUGACCAAUGUCCUCCCCAUGUCAGAGCCUGCGCCUGCAACAUCAGACACCUUGUCUCGACCCCUGGUAGCACCUGCCGUCGCUGCUCGACAUGAUUGCUCUGCUGCCCCGGAGGCACGGCGCACUCAGCGCCCUCGCCACCAGCACCAGCACCAGCACCAGCAGCUGCUGCACCACCACCACCAAGACUUGCUCCCCCAGAACCAGGCUCCCUCACCCUCCCGUGCUGAGUCGCCCACCGCUCGUCAAUGGUCCCAACCUGGCCCUGGUCGCUCUCUAAAGAGGACCGUUAACGGGCCCCGGGAGUCCCUUUCCUACACUGCCGCCUCCUCCCACCACCACCACCACCACCACCACCACCACCACAACACUCCUCAGUUGUCGGAGAGAGAUAGCAUCUUUGCGACCCAUUACCUCCCCUCUGAUCAGGAUUCUACUGCCUCACAACCUUCAUCCGUUCUUCACGAUGAUUAUCUCCCUCGCCGCCAGAGCAGCAGCUUGACUGCUCGGCUAAACGACGCUGCUCCCGCUACUGCUCCCGUUGCUGCUGCUGCUGCUGCUGCUGCUGCUGCCACUUUGGCUUCUGAUACCCCCGGACCUGCCGUUGCAAACACGACUGCCGCCCUCCCCAUGGAAGUCGACGUGCCUCGAGCAUAUCCGUUCCCACAACAUCCUCCUCCUCCUUCUCCUCCGCCUUCCUCUUCUUCUCCCCUGCAGCCGUUUCGUUUGGGCGAGAAUGUCCCCUACUCGGGCUCCCACAGGGGGACAACCGUCGAGUCAUCCACAGCAACCGAUACAAUCCUUCACACUCCGUUCUGGGAGGCCCGCCACCCCCCAGCUCAUAGUAAUGGGGAAGUGUAUGGCAGACACGAUCACAACCACCACCACCACCAGGUGACAGAUCGCAACCUCCUACCCUCCGCCCUGAGUGAUACCUUGUUAUCAUCGCGUCCGUCCAUUUCCAUGCUUCGCCAGGAGCUGGCUGCCACCGACUGGCACCGAGACUCCACCCGAAAUGUUGAACCUACCCUCAAGACUGGCCGCAGUGCGAGCAUGAGUCGUCGCGGUAGGGUCGAAAACUCCAUCGAGGCUAGCCUGAGCAAUGCCGAUCCGGUCUCCCAUGUGCGUAGUCGCAAAUCAAGCCACUACCUCGGCCUGUUCAAAGAGAAUACCACCUCUCCCGAUCGUAAACAACGCGACCACCGCACGAAGCACCAAGAUCAGCGCGACGAUGACCUCUCCUCCGGCCCUCUCGCCCCUCCACCCCCGCUGCCUCACGACCAUGAGCCCAAACUGGCCUUUCCCAACGCAGACCCGUUCGCUAACUCCUCUCUCGCCCCCAUCCCAAGCCUCGGGCCUCGCAGGACCUCGUUGCACGUGGAUACCGGCAAGGAUCUCCCUCAGCUGCGCCCGCCGCCGCUGCCACUACCGCAGCAGCAGCAGCAGCAGCAGCAACCUCAGGCCGUGGUGAGCCCGACGAAACGGAACCAUCGGGUUCUGCCCCGGAGCCUCCUCGAAGAGAUUCGGAACUUUCACCUGACCCCCGGCGGGGCUCGGGGGACGUCCUUCUCGCGCAGCAUCCCCACGCAAUUUGCCCCCGGGGGUCCGAAUCUGGAUUGCAGGAGCUCCUCCUUUGAUAGCUUCUCACCUGGUUCGGAUAUCAUUCAGCAACAGCAACGCAGGCGUUCCUCGCAAUUGGAAGACGAAGACGAUGAACAGAUCUCCUCGGCCCUGUACUUCCCCCAUGAACGUGUCGCGGUGCCCCUGGGAGAGGACGAUCGGCUCUCGGACUACGAGGAAGAACCCAGUGACGUGAAGUCGAUUGCAGACCGGCCCCUGGAGGAGCAACAUGGUCUGGUGCCGGUGGAUGACCAGCAGGUGCCCGUCGAACAGGAAAUUAACCAUGUCGACAUCUCUCUCCAAUCGAAGCGCGAGCGGAAGAUCUUACACGGUGACUUUGCUCCCGAUGUUCCCCCCGCAUUGCACUCGGACAUCCCUGAACGAUCAUUGGCUUCACUCUCGGAAUACAGCUAUGACUCGACCUGCGAGUCUGAGAUGAUGUCGGCCGAUGAAAGCGUUUCCUCGGUUCGAGACGACGAGUCGAGCCUGACAGACAAUGCUGAGAUGACCCCAACGGCGACCCCAACCCAACGCCCGCGUCAUCUCCGAUCCCGGGAUAGACACACAACCCAAGCACCCCUCGGGGCGGUGGAGUUGAAACCUUACCGGCAUCAGGUUGGCGGCCAUACCACCGUUUUUCGGUUCUCGCGUCGUGCGGUCUGCAAGCAACUCAACAAUCGCGAGAAUGAAUUCUACGAGCGUAUCGAACGAAGGCAUCCAGAGAUGCUCAUGUUUCUUCCCAGAUAUAUCGGAGUGCUCAAUGUCACCUUCUCCAAGAUUUCGAAGAAGUCGAAGGGAGUCGCCGAUGGCAACCCGGAACAGACCGACGUCGAACAUGCCACAGGUACAGGCGGCGCAAAAAGUACCAGUCAGUCGGCUGGAGACCCGCCCGAGACCUCCCAGACGGCGGACCCGCCUCGGAUCUUCAGCCAGCAACAGGUGACAGGCGUCAUCCCGAAGGUGAUCCUGGAAAAUAAUCGGCACAUCAUUCCAGCCGAUCUAUUCUCAUCUCCCCAGCAGAGGCCACGCACCGCUGACGCUGCAGCGAAAAGCGAGAAGCGUGUGUCUCCUGCCGAUUGGGAGGGAAGUAACCAUUGGCUCUCGCAGACAGAUGCCUCUUCCGAGAAUCAUCCUGGCCAGCAAUUGCAACCUGUCGCCCCGCCGCUGAGGCAGACGAACAGCUGGGGUGCCACCACCGUAAACCGAAAGCUUAAAGAACUGGUUUUGCGGGAGGUUUUCAGCCCCCCAGCCAUCCACCAUCAUCGGCGACGAGCUCGCGGUCAUCUCAAUCUACCCCGCACCUCAUCUGAUGGGAACCGGCGCCGAAGCAACCUGUCCGAGGAUCACACCGGCAGUGUCCGCCAACAGGGAGCAGGUGAUGCUGUUUCUGCUGCUGCUGCUGCUGCUGUUGCUGCUGGUGAUGUUAACAAUCAUAAUAAUGACGAAACCCGCCUUCAUCCGACAGCGGCCGUUAAUAUCACCCACGGUGCCAAAAAGGACCAGCCAGGACUAUCAUCCUCGGCCUCGACGGCCUUGGAAGCCAAUCAUAGCCGUCUAGACAAAGUUCGCACUCGGGAGACCCCCCCACGGGCCAGCUCUCUGACUCGGAAUCAACACCUGCGGCGACGCCAUUCCGGCAGCGGUCUGCGGAGGCGUGUCAGCAUAAAUUCCGACAAGAAGGGAGACCUCAUGUUUUUCGAAGACGACGGGUAUGGCGGCGAUGGAGAAGAUGAGAUAUUCGCCAUGGAUGGCGAUGCGUCGAUCAGCUCCAAGGCGUCAGCAGAAGCGACCAAGACCCCUCAUAAUCCUAAAUCCCUGGACCCCAAUGGAACUGAAACGACCCCCCGAGCCCUUACCCCCCGACUUCUCCCUCCUGUCCCGUCGACCGAGUCCGGUAUGCACCUUCCUAGCAACCCCAAGGAGGCGCAGACGUGGAAGGAUGAGAGGGUACAGUUCUUCCUCCUGUUGGAAGACUUGACUGCCGGUAUGAAUAAGCCCUGUGUUCUAGAUCUCAAGAUGGGCACCCGCCAGUACGGCGUGGAGGCUACCGAGAAGAAGAAGAAGUCGCAGCGGCGUAAAUGCCAGACCACGACCUCGCAGCAGCUGGGGGUUCGGUUGUGUGGGAUGCAGACGUGGAAUGUCAAGAAGCAAGAGUAUCUGUUCGAAGACAAGUAUUUUGGCCGUGAUCUCAAGUCGGGCCGCGAGUUUCAAGAUGCCUUGACUCGCUUUCUCUACGACGGUGUCAGCUACGCCAGCGUUGCCCAUAAGAUCCCUAUAAUUCUAGACAAAUUGAGCAAGCUUGAGAAUAUGAUCCGCAGACUCAAGAGUUACCGGUUCUACGCUAGCAGCUUGCUGAUCCUCUAUGAUGGAGAACCGUCGCCGCCUCCUCCGCACGCUCAUCCGGACGGGGGAUCACCUAAAUCCCGACCGCCGACGGAAUCCCGCGCGCCUCUGCAGCGUCGUACAUCCGGCGAUGGACCCCAGCACCAGCACCACCAAUACACGGACGUGCAGCUGAAGAUUGUGGAUUUCGCCAACUGCGUGACGGGGGAAGACGAGCUGCCGCCCAGCACCCUCUGCCCGCCUCACCAUCCCGACGACAUCGACCGUGGCUAUCUCCGUGGGCUGCGAUCACUGCGCAUGUACUUCCAACGGAUCCUCAACGAGGCUAGCUCCGUGGACUACGUUGAACGAGGCGAAGUGGAAGCCAUGGCUCUGGGACCUCGCGGUUCCGGCCAUGAGACCCCCACUGAUCGAAGCUGGGACGAGGGAGUCAUUGAAAGUGACCCGGGCGAAGUCAGCUUCUAGUCUAGACACUUGCCUUUUCCUUCUUCCCCCCCCCCU